AUGGUGAAAGAGUGCAAUGCUGAGGACUUGAGUUGCGAUACCUCUGGUGACAAGGUAGGCGUUGAGCACGUUGACGUUAAGGUCGCUCGGCCUGUAGUUGACGUCCCGAAGAAGGAAGUUCCAUGGACAAGGAUCGUUGGUAGGCGGCAGCGGAGGUCUUCUUCUUCGGUUGAAAUUCCGCAGAUUAAACAGAGGGCAGUCAAACCCGGAACUGGCAGGAAGAUUACUAAGCUAUCUGCUAUUCAGAUAGCUUGCAGAGAGGGUACCACAUACGCAGAGGCCAUGCGUGUGGCCAAAGCGGGAGUGGAUAUUAAGCCGUUAAAAAUAGGGGAUAUCUUUCCUAGGAAAACUAGAACAGGAGAUUUGCUCCUUGAGCUCGGAGGGGAGGACUCGAGUAGUAAGGCCGACCAUUUGGCGACCAAACUGAAAGAAGUCCUCAAAGAUAAGGAGGGGUGA